AUGGAGCAUCACCCCUUUGAAUCCGCGAAGUUAGUUGGUAUUUGGGGUUCUUGCAAUGGUUUGGUCUGCUUAGUGCAUCAUAACGAUGUUACAGAAUUCGUUAGUCUCUGGAAUCCAGCCACUAAAGAGUAUAAAAGGAUACCUGAUUCACCCUACUUAACAGUCAGCCGGCCAGGAUAUUUCUGUUACGAUGGCGAUUACAAGUUAGUUUAUGCUGUAACCCAUCUGGAUAGUUUUUCCGUGUAUGUCUACAAUUUAAGAUGGAAUUUAUGGAGAACCCAUCAGACUAAACCUUAUUCUUUUGAGAAUUUAGAUGGGGUGCUUGUUAAUGGUGCUCUUCAUUGGAUAGCUCGAACCGCCCGAGUAAUUGUUUCUUUUGAUAUUAGAGACGAGAGCUUCGAUGAAAUACCACUGUCAGGAGAAAUAUUGCCGGACCUGAAAUGGUCUUCACAGAACGGCGAGUAUCGAAUAUCCAGUGAAGGGACUGAUUUAGUUUUUUACUGUCCCAAGAAUUCAAGUACUAGAAGAAUAAAGCUAGGUAGUUUAGUGAUCAGAGGUGUAAAUAAUUACGUCGAGAGCCUAGUUUCACUCGACACCGGUACUUAUGUGGGGAAAAAGGAAGUGAUUCUAGGAACACGGAAAAGAUGCAUAUGGAGAAAAUAG